CCCACCCAAACUCUCCCUCUCUCUCUCUCUCUCUCUCUGCUUUUCCCGAGAAAUAGAAACCACCCAUUAGCCUACUGCUGAUUUUUCUCUCAUGGGACGCUCACCUUGCUGUGAGAAAGCUCACACCAACAAAGGAGCAUGGACUAAGGAGGAAGACCAGCGGCUCAUCGAUUAUAUACGAGUUCACGGCGAAGGCUGCUGGCGUUCCCUCCCUAAAGCUGCCGGGUUGCUUAGAUGUGGCAAAAGUUGCAGACUUCGAUGGAUAAACUAUCUCAGGCCUGAUCUUAAAAGAGGGAAUUUUACUGAUGAAGAAGAUGAGCUUAUUAUUAAGCUUCACAGUUUGUUAGGCAACAAAUGGUCUCUAAUAGCUGGAAGAUUACCGGGAAGAACAGAUAAUGAGAUCAAGAACUACUGGAAUACCCACAUCAAGCGUAAGCUAAUUAGUCGAGGAAUUGAUCCACAAACUCACCGUCCGCUCAACGUUAAACCCACUACCACCACCACCACCACCACCACCACUACAACAACCACCACCACCACUUCCGCCGGCGCCGCUAAACCCACCGCCAACAGAGUCACACAGUUAAACUUCGAAAACGCAUCUCCUCAAUCAAAAUCCGAAAUCACUCUUUUGAAAAGCAAUAUCGAUUUCAAAUACUCGAAUAGUUUCAACCCCAUAAAAGCAGAAUCCAUAGAAGACAACAACUGUACAAGCAGCGGCAUGACCACCGAAGAAGAACACCACCACCUUCACCACCACCGUCAAGAAGAAGAAAGAAACAGCCAUGAAAAUCAAGAAGUUAAUUUGGAGUUAACGAUAGGGCUACCUCCAAUGCAAAGUGAGUUAACUCGGACAUCAUCUUCCAACUCAGCCGACGCCGAGUCAAAAUUACAACAGCAAACUCCAUAUCAGUUUCUUUCAAAAAUGGUAACUUGGGGGGUUUGUACUUGUUGCCAAUUGGGUUCACAGAGGAGUGAAUUGUGUAGAAAUUGCCAAAAUUCAAAUGGGUUCUAUAGAUUUUACCAUUAAUGAAGAUUUACAACUAUAAAUUUUCUUUCUUUCUUUUUCUUUUGGGAAGUUGGGGGUUAGAUUCGAGCAAUUGAAUGCAGAGAAACCAACUUUCAACCGCUAGUUUCAGUGUAAUCAAAGGGGAAAUUAAUUAAAGACGGGUACUGAUAUUAUGACUCGUUUGGAUGAAUUCAAAUUUGCCCUCUGCCAAAAAGGAUUUAAUUUCUUUUCUGGAUUCUUGUUC